CGCUCGCCGCACCCGCGCCGUUUGUGUCGGCUCACGAGGAGAGGCCUGUCCCUUUAAUUGGCACGUACCAAGUCCUUCCAGGUUACAUUUCCUCCCUGAGUCUUAGCCGUUGGGAAUCAUCGGUCAAAGAUCCAAUCGGAGGGGACGUGAAGACGGCGUUGUGUUUUGGGGGAGAGCCCUGGGCCCACGGGGAGCGAGGGGGCUCGAGGGAGGAGCGCGCCCCUGGGCCGUCCCCGCCGCGCGCCGUCGCCCGCUCCCAACAUGGCGGCCACCAUGAAGAAGGCGGCUGCAGAAGAUGUCAAUGUUACUUUCGAAGAUCAACAAAAGAUAAACAAAUUUGCACGGAAUACGAGUAGAAUCACAGAGCUGAAGGAAGAAAUAGAAGUAAAGAAGAAACAACUCCAAAAUUUAGAAGAUGCUUGUGAUGACAUCAUGCUUGCAGAUGAUGACUGUUUAAUGAUACCUUAUCAAAUUGGUGAUGUUUUCAUUAGCCAUUCUCAAGAAGAAACACAAGAAAUGUUAGAAGAAGCAAAGAAAAAUUUGCAAGAAGAAAUUGACGCCUUAGAAUCCAGAGUGGAAUCAAUUCAGCGGGUGUUGGCAGAUUUGAAAGUUCAGUUAUAUGCAAAAUUUGGGAGCAACAUAAACCUUGAAGCUGAUGAAAGUUAAACAUUUUAUAAUACUUUUUUUAAUUUGUUUAAUAAACUUGAAUAUUGUUUAAAUUGAUAAUUUUCCUUCAAAUGACAUGGAAAAAGGAAAACUCUUUUUUUAAAAUUUUCAUUUAUUUAAUGGAAACUUGCCUAUUUUCACAUGUCUUGCUUAUUUAUUUUAUAUUUUUAAAAGAAAACAGUAUUCAUCUAUGUAUUUUGCAUAAUGAUUAUGUCAAGUCUAGGGGCUUUAUGUCAUGUUAUUAAAAUCAGUUAAGCAAUCCUU